AUGGCGGCAGCUUCAGAACUAUGGAUGGCACUCAAGGAGCUUGGGUGGCGCAAGUUGGAGCAACUUGGUGAGAAGGAAGAUUGGGAGGUGCCUAAGGAUCACCAGUCUGCGAUUGAGGAGUCCGAAGAUGAAGAUGAUAGCAUGUGGGUGUGA